UCUACUCUCUCCUCUCAUCCCAUUCGUUUCUUCAAGUGAAAAUUUCAUUAAUUUUUUUGAAGCAAAAUUCAAGAGCUAGUUAUCUAGGUAGUGUAUCAAGUUUCUAACUGGAUUCUUCAUCGUCAAUGGCGCGAACGGCAAGCAGCAAGGGGAGCAGCGGCCGUGAGCGCGAGCUGGCGCGGGUGGCAAGCAGCAAGGCUACCAGCGGGCGCGAGCGCGACGUGAAGAAGCCGCUGCUGCUGGGGAGGUUCGAGGUGGGCAAGAUGCUGGGGCAGGGCAACUUCGCCAAGGUCUACUACGCCCGCAACGUCGGCACCGGCGAGGAGGUGGCCAUCAAGGUCAUCGAGAAGGAGAAGAUCUUCAAGUCCGGCCUCACCUCCCACAUCAAGCGCGAGAUCGCCGUGCUCCGCCGCGUGCGCCACCCGCACAUCGUGCAGCUCUACGAGGUCAUGGCCACCAAGCUCCGCAUCUACUUCGUCAUGGAGUACGUCCGCGGCGGCGAGCUCUUCGCGCGCGUCGCCAAGGGCCCGCUCCCGGAGCCCGAGGCGCGCCGCUACUUCCAGCAGCUCGUCUCCGCGGUGUCCUUCUGCCACGCGCGCGGGGUGUACCACCGGGACAUCAAGCCCGAGAACCUCCUCGUCGACGACGCCGGCGACCUCAAGGUCUCCGACUUUGGCCUCUCCGCCGUCGCCGAGCAGAUACGACACGACGGCCUCUUCCACACCUUCUGUGGCACUCCCGCGUACGUUGCCCCCGAGGUGCUGUCGCGACGCGGGUACGACGCCGCCAAGGCCGACCUCUGGUCCUGCGGGGUCGUGCUCUUCGUCCUCGGCGCCGGCUACCUCCCGUUCCAGGACCGGAACCUCGUCGGCAUGUACCGCAAGAUCCACAGGGGCGACUUCCGCUGCCCCAAGUGGUUCUCCCCGGAGCUCCUGCGCCUCCUCCACCGCCUGCUGGACACCAAGCCCAUCCGCCGCGCGGCCGUGGACGAGAUCAUGGAGAACGAGUGGUUCAGGGUCGGGUACCGCCGCUUCUCCUUCCGCAUCGAGGACGACCGCUCGUUCACACGCUUCGACCUCGACGACGGCGACGUGUACGCGUCCACCUCGCCGCCGGACACCCCGCGGACGGAGGACGGCGGCGACCGCGCUGACGACCCCGACCUGCACGCGAGAAUGACGUCGUGCGGGUCGGCGCCAUCGCUGCUCGAAGGGAGGCUGCUGGGAAACUCGGGCCGGCGGUCCAACCUCCAGAACGCGUCGUCGCUGCUGGAAGGGAGGUUGCUGGGCGAGAGCUCGCGACGGCGGUCGAGCCUCAACGCGUUCGACCUCAUCUCCUUCUCGCCGGGGUUCGACCUGUCGGGGCUGUUCGAGGACGAGGGAAGCGGCGCCAGCGGCGAGGGCGAGCAGCAGCAGAACGCGGCGAGGUUCGUUUCGGCCGCGCCCGUGGAGGAAAUCCUGGCGUCCCUGGAGAGGACGGCGGCCGCGGCGGCUAUGGCGGUGCGGGCGAGGGAGGACGGGUCCGUCAUCAUGGAGGGGACGCGCGAGGGCGCGCACGGCGCGCUCGCGGUGGUCGCGGAGAUCUACGAGCUCACGACAGAGCUGACCGUGGUGGAGGUGCGGCGCAAGGCCGGCGGCGCCGCCGAGUACGAGGAGUUCUUCCGGGCGAGCCUCAAGCCCAGCCUCGCCGAGCUCAAGUGCGACGAGCAGCCACGCGCCGCCGCCGGCGACACCCCUCGGAAAGUAUGAUCGAUCGUGGGCUCGUGGCGUGCGAUCAAUGCAUGCGCGCACGUUAUGGUUGACUGGUUAUCAGAAUCAUACGUACAUACACAUACCAAUAUAUGUGUGUAUGUACAUGAAAAACGUACUCCGUAUAUGCAUAGAACAUUUUACCGGUGGUGCCUCCGCGAGCUCAUGAUGGAGCGGCGAGCAGCCAUGCUUCGACGUCGUCGAGACCUCUCGGAGAGUGUGAUCAUGGCGGUACAUGCACGCGCGCAUGGUCCGUUUGACUGGUCAUUAGAAUCGUAUACACAUAAGUACGUACAUGUGUACGUAUUCCAUUUUUUUGGUCGGUGCUACGGGUGGUAUCUAUUUUGAAAGUUCCAUUCCACGACACUGUAUAAAGGGUAAAACGGGGUGAAAAAUGGGGACAUUGUUCAUUAGGAGAUCAAGUGUGUUAAGUUACUAGUAAGUGUGAUGUUUGAUUGUUUUGAUGUACUGCAUGAGUUCCUUGUAUAUUUGGAUAAGCAA